AGACAAGAGACCUUCCCUAAGAAGGCAGGUGGAGGAGCACAGAUCUGAGCCGCAGAGCCCGGCCUCACCCAGGAGGGGAGACAGCUCCCGGCUUGUAACAGGAGGGAGGGCGGAGGCCGGGGUCGCGUGGCCAUUCUGGCGGCUUCCAGGGAAGGGAGAUUCCUUCUCACGGGGGUUACUGUGAGAAGUAGGAGGCAGGGCCGUCUGCGCAAAGUGAGGGUGUGUGUAUCUGUUGCCACCUAACAGGUUGUCCCAUCAGUGACUUAAAACGAUGAUGAUCAUGUAUCAGAUCUCAUGGUCUUUGUGGUUCAGGAGUUCAGGACCGCUUCGCUAGAAGGUUCUGGCUCAGGGACUUUCCUGAGUUCCUAGCGGGCUCUCAGCCGGGCUGCAGCCAUCUGGAGCCUGGACUGGUGCCGAGGGUCCAAGGCCAAGGCGGUUCGCUCCCAGGCGGGCAUGUCAGUGGUGCUGCUGGAGGGAGGCCUCCGUUCCUCUCCAAGUCGGUCCCUCCAUGGGGCCGCCCGAGUUCCUUGUAACGGGGCUUCCCCCGGAGCAAGCGGGGCGAGAGACCAAGCAACGCUGCAGUGCCUUGGAGCACCCAGCCUGGGAAGUCGCCCCCAAGGCGCUCUUGUGACCCGGGUCAGCCCGACGCGGGCGGGUGUGGACACCAGGAGGCUUGGGUCAUGGGGGCCAGUCAGGAAGCUGGUUGCCGCGGAGGGCGGAGGGGAGGGUGUGCGAGGGGUAAAGAGAUUAGAGGCCUGAUGGUGGGGAGCCGCACGGACUUACAGGAUGUCCUGCAGGGUCAAGGCUGUUUGCAUGUUGGUGACCGUGCUUCCCCAGAGGUGGCGGCAUGACAGCCCCACCGCGGGCAGGUCCCCCGGACGCUGCCAUGGAGCCGGCAGGUGAUUGGAACCAGGCCGGGCGCAGCUCUGCUGGGCAGGGGCGCGGGCAGGGUGUGUGGAUGAGGAAUGUGUGAGAGAGGGGUGAUGAAAUCCAGGGGGGAAGCGUGAGAUGAGAACAGGACGUGCCUGAUGCCUGAUGAAGUAGCGGGGGGCGGGGGAGAGUCCUCCGCGUGAUGAAAGAACACGUGUAAGGGGCGCCGGGGUGGCUCAGUCAGUUGAGCGUCUAACUCUCCAUUUUGGCUCAGGUCACGAUCUCACAGUUCGCGGGAUCCAGCCCCGCAUUGGGCUCUGCGCUGGGUGUGGAUCCUGCUUGAGAUUCUCUGUCUCCCUCUGCACCCCCGCCCCCAACUCACACUUGCCCUCUUUCUCGCUCUAAACACACACACACACACACACACACACACACGUAGGGAAAGAAAACAUGAACAAGGACAACGUUUGGGAUGCUGGAUUCAGAGAGACCUUUGUCAGCUAUUGUUUUAGGUGGCAGAAUAGUGUCAGGUGAUGACAGGGUCUAGGGUGGCGCCCCAGGUGGAAGGGGACAAACUCGUAACACCGAGGGUCGUCCUCACGCACUCUGACGUCACCCGUCAUCUGAGGGAGGUGGGGCUGGGGGAGGCAAAGACUAGUAUCAGCCGUCAUCAUCUCCAGUAACCAAAGGGUCAGACCUGGGAAUGUGUUUGUGACAGCCACCUGCAUGGGAAGAAUGUGCCCUGAGACUCAGGGAAGCUGGGGGUUUAGGUGGGGCGGCGGAGGCGUGUCAUGGUGGAACCGUUAGGACCCAAGAGGACGAGCUCUGGCUUCGCCAGCCCUGGUUCAUCACCUGCUAAGUAAAGACCCAAUACUGGGGACCCCACCUGCAUGUUGAAGGAGGACACAACGGGCAGGCUAAGAUGGGUUGGUCCCCGGAAGCCCGCGGUGGGAGAGAGGUGUGAAGGCUUCCUGUUGUCCCGUUUCCACCAGGGCCCGGCCUGAGCGCGCUGUGCCGACCAGAGGAGGAGCGUCCGGGUUCUUCCGCUGCCCGUUGUCCGCAGAAAUUCCUGUCUGAGUCACAGGAUGGCGGCCGUGGUUCUGCCCCCCACGUGUGGUAAGUCGGGGGGCCCUCAGAGUCCAGGCGGUAAAGGCCCCUGCACCACGGAGCGGGAAAGGAGGGGCCGAGCGGUGAGGCUGGAGUGGAGCCAGAUGCCCGGGGGUCACCCGUCCCCGAUGUGGUUCUUGGGAUUUGGGAUUUUGGUGGUUUGAGUGUCUGUGGAGAUGUCACCUGUGUGGUGAGUGUGGGAGAGCCUCUGAACCGUCUCUCUGAUUCUUUCUAUAAACUUGGAAAAAUAACAGUGGUGUCCCUUGAACUUCAGUUUCUUCAUCUGUGAAAUGGGACUAAUAAUCUCUUCCUCCAGCUCAGCCUUCCCUGUACUCAGCCUCUCCUCAGAACGGACGGACGGAGGAGGAAGGGUUGGCUAAGGGCUUCCUGACCAGCUGGUUACCGCCCUGCAGAUGGAGGGAGAUCAGCUUUCAGGAUUUCACAGUCUCACUGGAAUAAGAGAAUCACCUCUGUGUUAGGGGCAUGUUCACCGUGGGAGCGGGCAUAAGUAGACAGGGAGGAUCACCGCAGGCUGAGCCCAGAAGCGGUUGAGAGCAGAGCUCAGAACCCUGCCCGCACAUCUUGCGCUUUGGGUUCCCGGCCCCUCGUCCCAUCGUCCUCUGCCCUUUUCCUGCCCACUCGGCGGGGAUGGUCCUUGCCUAAGCCGUGAUGUUUGUGACGGUUCAGCACUCGGUGACCUUCGAGGAUGUGGCCGUGGAGUUCACCCAGGAGGAGUGGGCCCUGCUGGACCCUUCUCAGAGAACACUGUACAGAGACGUGAUGCAGGAGAACUGCAGGAACCUGGCCUCGCUCGGGUGUCACGUUGAUAAACCCAGUCUGACCUCCCAGCUGGAGCAAGAAGACAAAGUGAUGACACAGGAGCGAGGAAUUCUUCCAGGCACCUGUCCAGGUUUGGAGACUGUACUUAAAGCCAAAUGGUUAACUCCUAAGAAGCACGUUUUUAGAAAAGAACAUUCCAAUGGUAUUAAAGCGGAAAGAAAUCAUCUUGGAGUGAAAGUCAAUGAAUGUAAUCAGUGCUUUAAAGUCUUCAGCACAAAAUCUAACCUCACUCAGCACAAGAGAAUUCAUACUGGAGAAAAACCCUAUGACUGUAAUCAGUGUGGCAAGUCCUUCAGCAGUAGAUCCUACCUGACCAUUCACAAGAGGAUACACAAUGGGGAGAAGCCCUAUGAAUGCACGGACUGUGGCAAAGCCUUCAAUGAUCCCUCAUCCCUUAGGCUGCACGUGAGAAUUCACACUGGAGAAAAACCCUACGAAUGUAAUCAGUGUUUCCACGUCUUCCGCACCAGUUGUAACCUCAAAAGCCACAAGAGAAUUCAUACGAGAGAGAAUCACCAUGAAUGUAAUCAAUGUGGCAAGGCCUUCAGCACGAGGUCCUCCCUCACCGGGCAUAAUAGUAUUCAUACGGGGGAGAAACCUUAUGAGUGCCAUGACUGUGGGAAAGCCUUUAGGAAGAGCUCCUAUCUGACCCAGCACAUGAGAACUCAUACUGGAGAAAAACCCUAUGAGUGUGAUCAGUGUGGAAAAUCCUUCAGCAGUAGCUUUUCUCUUACUGUGCACAAGAGAAUUCAUACUGGGGAGAAACCCUAUGAAUGCAGUAACUGUGGGAAAGCAUUCAAUAAUCUCUCCGCUGUUAAGAAACACGUGAGGACUCACACUGGAGAGAAACCCUACGAAUGUAAUCAUUGUGGAAAAUCUUUCACCACUAACUCUUACCUUUCUGUGCACAAGAGAAUUCAUAAUAGGUGGAUAUGAGUACAGUAAUUAGGAAAGCGUUCAUUGAUCUCUUAACCCUCAGACAACUGACAGUAACUCACUAGAUGGGUGAGUUAUCUGCUGCUGCCUAACAAAUUUCCCUCCAAAACAUAGUGGCUUCAAACCUCAUACAUUUAUUAUAAUUUCUGUAGGUCGGGAAUCUGGAAGCAACUUAGCUGUGUAGUCCUGGCGCAGAAUCUGUCAUGAGGUGAAAUCAAGAUGUCUGCUGGAGCCACAAUCAUCGGAGUCUUUACUGAUACAGAAUCUGCUUCCAGAAUGGCUCACUCACAUGUCUAGCAAGUUAAUGCCAGUUGUUGGCAGAGAAUCUUCAUUACUUCACUCUCCAGAGGGCCAAGUAUCUUCAUGAUGUAGCAUCAGGUUCCUCCCAAAGCAUUUGAUCUACAGGAAAGCUAAUGCAGAAGCCACAUUGUCUUUUUUGACCCAUCCUGAGGAGGACAUAUUAUCAUUUCUUCCGUACUGUAUUGCUUACAGAGUGGGAAGAAAAAACACAGGGUGUAUAUAUAUAUAUAUAUAUAUAUAUAUAUAUAUAUAUAUAUUAGGAGACAGAUCAUAAGGAACCAUCUGAGGAGUU